AUGUACAUCGCCGACGUCUUGGCCAGCGACCUCAUACGACCAACGAGACGCAGCCAUGCAACCCCCGUCCUGAUUCAAGUGCUCCUAGCGCUGAAAUUCUUCGCUACCGGCACCUUCUUGAUCACGGCGGGGGACUUUCUGCAUCUGCAUGAAUCUACAGCGUCACGGUGCGUGCGACGAGUGGCCCUGGCUCUGGCAAAGCAAGCGCCGCACUUCAUACGGUGGCCAACAGCAGCGGAAGUCCCCGAACUGCAGCGGCAGCUCUACGCCGUGGACGGCUUUCCGGGCGUCGUAGGAGCCAUCGACGGCACCCACGUUCGGAUCCAAGGGCCACCGCUGCACGAGGAAGUGUUCGUGAACCGACACUUCUACCAUUCCGUCAACGUGCAGCUGGUGGUCGACGCGCGCUCAAGGAUUCUCAACGUGGUUGCCAAGUGGCCCGGAAGCGUCCACGACUCGUACGUGCUGUCGCAGAGCAGUGUCGGGGAGAACUUCGCAACGGGCGCGUACGGCGGCCUCCUCAUCGGCGACAGCGGCUACCCGUGCAGGCCCUGGUUGAUGGCGCCUUUUCGAUCGCCGACCACGCCGGCCGAGUGUGCGUACAACCAGACGCACGCAACGACUCGGUCCGUGGUCGAAAGGACGAUCGGGCAGCUGAAGCGCCGCUUCCACUGCCUGCACGCCGAGCUGAGGAUGCUGCCAGAGCGCUGCUGCACCAUCGCUGUGGCGUGCUGUCUGAUGCACAACAUUGCACAGCACUACACGUGCAGGGAAGGUGACUGUGACCUUCCACCAGAGGUUCCCGUGCCUCCAUCGCCACCCGAAGCAGACGAUGGGGUUGCGCGCCGACAUGCAAUUGUGCACCAACACUUUCGUGGUGAGAUUUAAGCCUACAAACACAAGUUUAUCCCUUAUAAACUCGUGUAAGAGCAGCACUUUUUGUUACAAGAUAUCUUUUCAAGG